GAAAGUUCAGCCUGAGAGAGAGAAAGAUGAUUUGAGGGUGAGGGAAAGAUUUGGUAAGACAGAAAAAUUAAAUAUGAGAAACAGUAGCAAAUUCAAGGCAAGAAUGUUCGGUUUUCCCGGAUUGUCAUCAGCUAUUAUAAAUACCAAAGCAAGACCACUCUAGGUAGUAGUUCAAAGAAAAAGUUAAGUGUAGUCACUGACAUGGAGUUUACCAGGCGUUACCUACCAAUGGAAUGGGAAGAGCGUUGGAGGAGAGAGAAGGAGAGGAGGAAAAAAGUGAUUGAAGAAGGCGGAGAAGGCAUAGAGAGAGACAACUGUGAGCUGAAGAGGAUCGUGGCUUAUAAUGACGCCAGGAUGGGCCUGUCCAGUUGGAUGGGUAAGAAAGAGGGGUCAGAGGUCAGAGUGAGUAGUACUAAUCAGAAGAGAAUUGAGGAGCAUUUGAGCGAGGAAGCAUUUGAGACUGAAGGACUUGGUGAUAACAUCCACACAUACUGCAGUGAAAACGCUUAUAAAGAGAUAUUCAGGGCCCUGAAGGAACUCUGGGAUUCAUCUCUUCUCACAGACCUGACUCUGACCACUGAGAAUGGGAGCAGUUUCCAUGUGCACUCCCCUAUCCUGGCUGCUGUCAGCUCUAUCAUCCUGGAGAAACUCAAGGGAAAAAGUGGAGAGCGAUCAGAUGAUGGUGAGGAUGUAGGAGUCCAUAGGUGGUCGGUGUCUCUGGGUACUGAGGUUGAUCAUGUUGGGCUUCGGGCAGUUGUGGAGUUUGCCUACACUGGGGUUGUACUUUCUUUAAACAAAGACACCAUGGCUCAGAUCAAGGCUGCAGCUCAUCUACUGGGUGUCCCUAGAGUGCUAGAUCUCUGCAACGAAGAGGAAAGGAUGAAGGAAGAUGGAGGUACCAAGGAGGAGGAGCGAAAACUCUCCACUGUAGACCAGAUGAAGAUUACUCUUCAGUCAGUUGAACAGCUGUGGGCAGACGGAGUGGGAUGUGAUGUGAUGUUGGAUGUGGAUGGGGCUUUAUUCCAUGUUCACAGAGUUAUCCUGGCAGCAAGCAGUGACUACUUCCGUGGCAUGUUCACCUGUGGGAUGAAGGAAUCACAUCAGACUUGUGUUGCCCUUCCCUUCCUGUUAGCAUUUGAAUUAGAGGCUCUUAUUGGCUGUUCCUACAGUGGCACCCUUUCACUGAACUGGGACUAUGUCUUUGAGAUUACUUGCACAGCGCUGCAGCUUCAGUUCCAGCCUGCCCUCUCACUUUGCCUCGACUUCAUGAGGCAGGAAAUAGAGGCAAGCUCCUGCCUGGAUAUUGUAUCUUUUGCUGAAGCCUAUGGGAUGCCAGAGCUCCUUGAAGAAGCCAAUGACUUUAUACUGAGGAACUUCUGGGAGGUGUCAUCCACUGCAAAAUUUCAGGACCUACCAGCAGAGAAGCUUCUAGACUUCCUCCGCUGUGAUGGUCUCUGUGUGCCCUCAGAGUUGGCUGUAUUUCGAGCUGUAAUCUCUUGGAUUGAGGCUGAUCCUGAGGAGAGAUUGGGCCAGGCUGGCUUACUGAUGGCAGCAGUGCGCUUCCCUCUCAUGACCUUUCGAGAGUUCAGGGAGGUCAGGGCCAUUAACCUACGCAUGGAGUGCUUUGGAAAUAAGGAAGUUGAACUCUAUGGUUCAGCACUCAAGGAAUUUGGUUUCAGCCUUCCAAAAACUGAAGAUCACUGUCGAGUUAGGCGACCCAAAGAUGCUCUGGUUCUGGUUGGGGGAGACCAGCUGAAUCCAGAUAUGGGUCAGCGCAUUCCAAGCAGGGAAUUGUGGUUUGCAAACUCCCUCCGCAGUGGCACAGGGUUGGUGAAGCAGAUAGAAUGGAGGAGGCUGGGUGAGAUGCCAGACAAACCUAAAUUCAGGCAUGGAGUUGCAGCAAUGGAUGGGAGACUGUAUGUGUUUGGAGGCUGUUACUUCUACACGAAGGAUGACAUGAUGAAAUCUGUCUACAGUUAUGAUCCUGUGCAGGACAGCUGGAAGAGGCUGGCUGACAUGCAGGAGUUUAGAAGUAACUUCUCAGUGGUGGCACAUGAGGGGUGCUUUUACGCCAUUGGUGGAGAUAAGAAGCUCAACACCAACGUAGACAGCGUUGAGAAGUACAACCCAAACACUGACUCCUGGAGCUUUGUCCAGCCCCUGGACCAGGCUCUAAGUGGCUACGCUGUCUCUGUUGUAGAUGGAGGAAUUUUCAUUUCUGGAGGUUUCAACUGUAAGUAUGUGUGUCUGGUUUCCAUGUUCCUGUACCACCCAGAAAGAGGAACCACUUACCUUGCAGACAUGGCCCAUGACCGGGCGCAGCAUUGCAUGGAUGCCCUGCGAGGCCAUCUUUACGUCACAGGUGGAGUGUGUAACCUGAGAAAAUUUUACACUGAUCAACAAGCCUGUGAGGUUUAUAAUCCGGUAACCGAUUCGUGGACUGCUUUUGCAUCACUGCCUGUUCCCCAUGUGGGUGCAGCCUCAGCCGUCCUAGAGGAGAAGAUCUAUAUACUGGGUGGAUAUUGCCAGGACGACUACAGUGAGUCUGGACUGGUCCACCGGUUUGAUCCCAGCACACAGCGAUGGGAGAACAUGGGCAGACUGCCUGGGGCUGUUACUGACAUUCGGGCAUGUCUGCUGCGGUUACCUCAGCACUUUAGACAAUAACUUUGUGAUCAAUAUGUUUGAAGCUUCAGGGUGAAAUUGACGAAAGUGUUAACAUAAAAAUGUAGCAAAAUACAAAAAUAAUAGCAGUCGUUAGAAUACACUGAAACUUUGGGUUAUUAGCAAAUUGGAGUUAGGUAUAAGAUUAGUGCUGCUUUCCAUCCACUAGUCAUCAAACAUAAUAAG